AUGGAGGCUACUGAAGUGCAGGGCGAUCGGAAGAUCCCUGUCACGCUGGUAACAGGCUUUCUUGGUAGCGGGAAGACCACCUUCAUCCAGCGCCUGCUGAAAGAGCGCCAUGGCAUGCGCAUCGCGGUGCUGCAGAACGAGUUUUCGCCCGAAAUGGGCAUAGAGAAGCCCGUGUUGAGCGCUGGCGGAGCUUCAGUGUUCGAGUUGCCCAACGGUUGCCUGUGUUGCAGCAUGAAGGACGGCAUCGUGGAAGCCGUGGAGUCCAUUUUGCAGUUUCGCUGCGACUUCGACUGGCUUGUAGUGGAAGCGGCCGGCAACGUUGACCCCUUGGAGUUGGCUUCAAACUUCUGGCUCGACCCGGAGAGCCCCCUGCUGUUGGACGGCGUCCUGUCGGUGACGUGCCCAGCGGUUAUACAGGCCGUGCUCAGUGGCGCCAACAACAACGCCGCCCCGUCCCCUAACAAUCGCAAAAUCAAAGAUGGGGAUAUUGAAGCCCCAAAGUUGCUUGAGGAGUGCACGGCGGCUCCUAUAAGGGGCACCGAUGACGCCGGUGCACCCACUCGGCCUUCAGGUGACCGGCGAUUCAAACUCUUGGGCAAUGAGACUCUGGACGACAAAAACAUGCUGAAUUUGAUGCGCAAACAGCUCAGCGUUGCGGAUGUGAUCAUAAUCAACAAGAUCGACGAGCUAGAUUGUCAUUUUGGAGAUGGCCAUCAGAGCGGUGCCGAAGCCUCGGCGGCCCAGAUGCAAAAUGGCGGUUCCGGAUCGAUUUCUUCCGUUUUCGCCGAUUUCACUUCCAUGCUCAAGGACAUGAACCCUACAGCAAAAGUACUUAAAACGAGCUUCUGUAACGUCGAUUUCGAGUCUGUGAUGAACCUGCAAAUGUUCGCCGCCUCGCGCAUCAUGACCUUCCUCUCCGAAGGCCACCACGACCACCAUCACCCCCGCAAUGGGGACCAUUCAUCCUCUAACGUCUUCAUAAAAAGUCAAGGGGUCUAUUCGUUGGAUUAUGUCAACACCUUCGUGUCACAUUUACUUUGGGAGUCCGGUGCAACAGUUUACAGGUGCAAAGGCAUUUUCAAAGCUCGUAAGGACUGCCCCAUGGUAACUGACGCCGAUGGAGCGACUUCAGUCUUCCAAUUGCAGGGCGUCGGCAUGUUGUUUGAGAUUAGCGAGACGGAGGUCGCAGAUUUGGACGACAAUCGAUUCUUGUUCAUCGGCCCCGGUAUUGAUGCCGACAAGAUCCGGAAUGCGCUACAGCUUCCUCCGGAUACGGCAUCAGAGAACCUCUGA